CGGUAGGUAUGUAGCUAUUUAUAGCAUCGACUCAAAUGCAAGAAUAUCAGUUCAUUUCUAACUGGAUCUAGGAGAACUUCUAAACCACCAUGAAUACCUUGGUCGCUCUUGCUAUUUUGGCUCUUGCUGUUACCGCAUCUGCCUCCCACAUUGGUCUUGGACUAGGUGGAUUAGGUCUUGGUUAUGGAGGUCUUGCUGGACAUGGUGCCGGAGUCGUCAACCCAUGGGCUUUGAGCCCCGUAGGACCUUCUGGUGUCGUCACUGGUGCUGGAGCCUCUGGACCUUCUGGAGUAGUAACCGGUGCUGGUGCUGUUGGGCCCUCUGGAGUAGUUAAUGGUCAUGGAGCUGUAGGGCCUACUGGACCCAAUGGUGCAGGUGCCGUCGCUAUUGCUCCAGCAGCUUUGGGACUCGGUCUUGGACAUGGAGGACACGGUGCCGGAGUUGUCAACCCUUGGGCUUUGAGCCCUGUAGGACCUUCUGGUGUCGUCACUGGUGCUGGAGCCUCUGGACCUUCUGGAGUAGUUACCGGUGCUGGUGCAGUUGGACCCGCUGGAGUUGUAAAUGGUCACGGAGCUGUAGGGCCUACUGGACCCAAUGGUGCAGGUGCUGUCGUUGUAGCUGGCCCAGCAGCUUUAGGUUUGGGCUGGGGAGGACAUGGUUUGGGUCAUGGUGGUUUGGGAAUUCAUGGUUAGAUAUGAAAAUACGAGCAUAUUUAUUUAUUGGAAUGAUCUGCAAAGUUAUAAAAUAAAUAACUGUAUAUAAUAAAGCAUUUUAUUUUCAAC